GCGAUCCGUGGCUCGUCUCUUCUCCACCUCCCUGGGAACUGCCUGUACAGUGUGCAGCGUGCACUGUAAUACUAAUACGCAGCCUUGACUCCUGUACAACCUCCUGUCCUGGUCUUCGAGAUUCUAAUAUCCAUCUUAAAGUUCCUGUCAGACUGUCAGUUGUUCGCGGAAACGGCCUGCCUGCGUGGUGGAUACAGCCAACGAUCUGCCAACCGUUGCUUCUCCAGGCUUUUCCUCGUGUUCUGUACGGAAUCCCGCGUGUUGCUCCACCCUCUCCUCCUUCACAAGAGCUUCUUUCUUCCAUCCUUCCUCUCCGUCAUCAUCGCCUCUUUGUUCCCUUCCUUUGCGCUGGCAUCAUCCGCCCGGACUGCUGCCUCUCUCCCUUCUGCCUCUUUUUCUCUCCGUUUCUAGAUCUUCCUCAAGAUGCGUUGUUCGUGACUGAGCUGCCCUUUGUCAUCUGGCACCAGCUUGCUUACAACGUCAUCCGUGGUCACGCUACCGACGCCGAGUCUAAUAUACAUCGAUUGAUCUCCCGAGUUGCACGCUUCAUAUAAACCCUUCCCAUCGCGGUUGGAACACGUCUACGAAGCAUUCUUACCGUCGAUUGUGCGACUGGAUUGGGUUUCAACACAAAAAAGUCGUUCUUCGCAUUGCUGGAAGGAAAACAAGGUCGACUGAUCGAGCGUCAAUCAUCGCGCAUCAUCACCUCCCGGCAUACUGUCUUCCGCUGUUAUCUUUAAACCCAGAAGCCUGGUUGCUUCUUCGAAGAAUCGGUUUCUUUAUUUUUUUCCCCUCCCCCCUUUCUUUCAUUUCGGGUUUGGAUAGAUGAUAGAGGUUCCCUAGACUGGCGCGAUUACGAAAUUCAUCUGCGUUCUGUUUUCAAUUAUUGAUUUCCUUUGGGACUACUUUUUCCUCCCAACAGUUCGCAGACGUUGAUCAUCAUUCCUUCGGCGACGUCGUCUAUUCUUUAUAAUAGGUUCGUCUGGUGUCUUUUCCUUCUCCUCGACAUGUCCUUUGAUGCAUCCUGGUAAAACCGUUUGUGGUGAAUCCUGUUGAGUGUGGUUAUGCGCGUUCAUCACUUUCAUCCGGCCUUGAUAUCCCCAGUUUGGCCAUUACAUUCCCUUCCCCGCAGGGUUCCUUUUCUCCGAUAGCAAUCUCCGUUCAAUUUACCAUUUUGCCACAGUGCUCUUAAUCGCAUGUCUGAUGUACCUCCCGGCCCCGGAACGUUUGCCACUGAGCAUAUGAUACAAGAUGCCAGUUUCUUGACAUUCCUCAACGGCCGUUGUUGAUUGAAAGUAUCAUGCUAGCUCUUUGAAUACCUCUGUCCUCUCGCUUUCUGCCCUCCUUGUCCUUUCUCUUCGUACCAUUCCCUUACCACAUGCUAUCUGUUUUGCCCUGUUCUUUCUAGAAUCUCCGACCCAUGGUUGUUUACUCAACGUAGACGAUUGUGUUCCCCAUUCAUCUACAUAACAGGGCAGAGAAUCUGACUUACGGCCAGGCUUUGCAUGAUUAAAAGAACAUAGUGUGCUUGAUAUUUCAGAAUUGACCUCUCAUAUCUCUUAUCUUGGGUCAUCCAGAAGCUCGAAUCAACGUCACUCUCCAUUAUAUUCUGCAUUUCAUCGUCAGGCGCGUUGUCAAUUUGACAUAUUCUGUCAUAUUUUGAGACAAGCAGUUGAAAUUCGAUCACACCAUCUAUUAGAGCACUUACCUCGAUUUCAUUUACCAUGCCUGCACCGCAGAGCAAGCCCGCUCAGACAUCCAACCCUGCCACUCCACCAGCAACGGCAAAUAAAGCAUCCGUCAUGCUUGAAAAGGGCCAUCCUGGUGUUCGACGCUCUACUCCUGAUUCGGAAGCCUUGGCUUCUUCAGACGACGAUGCUGAGCAAUUGCAACUGUCGCAGACCAUUGCUCCUGCUCCUAAACAGGCCCGUCGUACAUCAUGGCUUAAUGAAGUCCCCGCCAAUUUCCCGAGAAAGGCUUCAUUGCCCGCCGGAGGUCCUCUGUCCCCUGCAAGCUCCGGGCCAGAUCAGUCGAACUGGCCGACGAAUACAAGCCCCGGCUUAAACGGUUCUGCCACUUGGAACAACGCUACUGGUGCUCCGUUCACGUGGGGUACUGGUAUCUGGAAUACCGAGUCCCGAAAGGAACCACCUCCACGACUUUCGGAGCUAGUGCCUUCUCCGACUUUGUCUAACCCAUCUACUUCAAAUAACCCCGCGGACGAGCUACUGAGUCCGACGGCGCGCGCUGCCGCGGGAGACUCCACCAUUCCAUUCUCCAUCCCGCUUCAUCCAACCCCGAAGACAUACCGUUCCCAAUCGUAUUCCGUGGGCCAAUUGGACCCGGAGAUCUUUAACUUGGUGACUGGCAAGGCCAGUGCACCUCAUUCUGGGGCGCGCGCAAGGAAUGGUGGCCAGUUCUCUGCGUUGCAUCAUCGUCCCUCUCGUCCCAAUAUGCGUGGGGAGCUAGGUUACGACCCCGCCAUGCUCGGCCGUGUCCGUGAGGACGAUGAUGACGACACCAGCAACCACAGUUCUGAAGGCAGUAUUAGCUAUUCCAUGAAUCAGGCUCGAACUAUCGAGCACCUUUCGAGGGAAAAUGCCUUGUUACGUCGAGCCGCUGGCCAGGUGGAUGGCAGAUCGAGAGACCGCACCAUGUCAUCUGCGUCAGCUGCCAGUGGUUUUUCAGGAGUUCAUAAUCUGCAUCGCAUACAGGGGAGCGUGCCUGAGGAAUCCACUCUUGCUGUGGAGGAACUGGACGAAGUAGGCGAUAUCCCUGGUUAUAGCAAUAUUCGAAGCAACGCAAGAAGGAGGUUCUCUGAACACUCGGCCAGUGCAGAGAAGCAGUUUCCGACAUUCGCUUCGCUAGAGAAUCGUACAUUGGAGAAUGUCAAAAAGGCGCACUGGCAAACGUCACUGGGUUUCGGCGGCAUUACCAACAUUCCUCAAAGUCGACGACAUUCGUUUGCUCAUAUACCCAUUCGCCACUCCUCCAUCAGCUCUACUGGUGACACACAAAUUCUGGCGAACACUCGAACCAGCUUGGGAGAUCCGGAAGAAGGCUAUAUCGGUGAGGGCACGUUGUCAAAUGGUGAGUAUGACCAUUAUCGUGUACUAUCCAUGACUAGAUCAGAGUAUUUACGAGCCUGCCAACUUGCAGAACCCUACUUUGCGCUUCGUGAGCAGGGCCUUAGUACUGCCGAUGCUACGUCGGGGACAUCCACGGCGCUUUAUCAGGCGUACGCGGUGCCCAGUUCCUAUGCCCAUCAACCCAGUCUCGUGCACCCUCAUUCCAACCAACUCUUGUACAUUGUGACCUUCAAGUGCCACCGUGCCGAUGUCUUCUAUACCCAAGAAGACACCGGUCUGCAAGUUAAGCCUGGAGAUUUAGUCAUUGUUGAAGCGGAUCGCGGUACCGACCUCGGGACCAUCGCGCAUGCGAAUGUUUCCCUGCAAAAGGCUCGAGAACUGAAGCAGCAAUAUGCCGAAGAACACUACAAAUGGCUUAUGAUGUUUUCCCGACAAGCCCAAACUGGAGCUUUCAAUGCCGUGAAUUCACCUGGUGCGGUUUCCGGCUUGAACAACAGAAGCGCUGUUGGUGGUAUGGGUCCGCACGGUUCUCACGGGCCACAGGAUUCUGCUGGAGAUGUCAAGCCCAAACUUAUCAAGAGACUUGCUCAACCGCAUGAAAUUCUCACGUUACGCGACAAAGAAGGCAACGAGGCAAAAGCCAAACGUGUCUGCCAGCAGAAGGUGGCUGAGCAUCGUCUCAACAUGGAGAUUCUCGAUGCUGAGUUUCAAAUGGACUGGAAGAAACUUACCUUUUACUAUUUCGCGGAUUCAUAUAUCAAUUUCAAUUCCCUGGUGACUGACCUCUUCAAAAUCUAUAAGACGAGAAUUUGGAUGUCUGCUAUCAACCCUGCUUCUUUUAUUACUCCACCAACUGCUGGCAUUCAGCCUUCGAGCGGCAUGUACGGUCAAGAUGUGCAAGCCGACCGUCGCCACCAUGACAAUAGAGCAUAUGGUGGCGGUCGGGAUGCUAUGGAUCCCGGCAGGGACGGGGUUGCUAGCCCACUGGGCUCGGUUCGCGGCGUCUUCGCUGAUUCGUACCAGCCAUUCGGGCAGACAUCGCGCCACCCUGACUUGGGACUGAUCGGAUUUGCUUCCUCGCCUCAGCCCCAGUCCGAUCCGUUUGCGCCUUACUCUCCCAACCUUUACGGCAGGUUCGACCCGGCCUAUUUAGAUGCCGGUAUUCCUGGCUCAUCGCGCGUUCUUCCAGGCCAAGGUGACUGGGUGAACAGAUUCCAAGGUUUAUCGCUGGGCUCUUAAAUGCAGCUCAUGUCGAUUUGGCCAGUGCAUAUUUUAUGCAAUAUACUCCUGUUACGAUACACGAAAAGCUCAGAUGUUUUAGACUGCUUUGACGAUCUUUUUUAAUUCCUGGACUGUCCAUUUGUUUCGUCCCUUCUGUUUCUGAUCUCGUCUCUGUACGCGUUUGCGUUCUCCACUUCUUUAUCUGUUUGAGUGUCUUUUUUUCGAGUUCUUUUCAGCUCUUCCGGUUUAUACAGGUUAGAAUGUUUGGUGGUUAUCGCGGGAAUCCAUGGUCUCUUCACAAUCAUCCAAGAUACUUAUAGACUUCUCAGCACAACACAUUUAAUUAUUAAAUUGGGUUCUUUUCUCUUGUUCAUCCCCAGCUCUGACUAUAAUUUGCGUCGUUAUUUUUUUUUUUUCUCUUCAUCAAUUCUGUUGUCAUUCUCUCCAUUUAUCUGUGGAUUACAUAUUGUGUGAAUAACCAAGAUUGACACCGGCAGAGCUGGUGUUACUCAAAAUAAAAGAGCGAAAAAGGGUUGUUAACUUUGAUUUCGAUGUGUUUGAUACGAUAAACGGACAAAAUGCAUUCUUUUAGUAGUGGAAUGGUACGGAUACAGGUACAGGGAGGAUUUGUUUUACAGUUGUGUUCUCAUCUCCGGAAGAUAAAUUAAAUUUGGCAUCAAGGUUCAUGUUCAUUAUCUAUAGCAAGUAACCGGGCAUAUAUCCAGCCACAUAUACAUAACAGACACAUCGUGUCUAGGUCCAAAC